AUGGGUAUUCCAGACUAUCAGAAUACUCAAUCAUAUGCUCAGGUUCCACAAUCACCUUUACAGAAUGGAGAGCCAGAGGGUAUUGAGCAUGAACCAUACCAUCCAUCAGCAGUUCCAGAGACAGUUGUAAUGGAACCAAUUCCAACAACUACUCAUUGUGAAGAAUGUACAAUUCAUCAAAAGAAGAAUAGGAAGAGGAAGUUAUUCUUGUACAAGUUCAACAUCUUCCUUGUUAUUAUUAUCCAAUUAUCUCAAUUAAUUGGAUUCUACUCGGUCACUGGUAAACUAUCCCUUGGUCUGGCCUUUGCACCAAUCAUAGGAUUUCUCAGCAUGUUUACCACCAGUAGAGUGAUACCAACAAUGCACUUUAUCUCUUCGUAUCUCUACUUUGUAUUCAUGCUUUGGGGAUCAGUUCAGAACAUUUGUCUCGCAUUUGAGUUCCAUGCUGACUACAGAGUACCACAAACUGUUGUUGCCGUCUUGUUCUAUCUUGCAUUUAUUUCAAUAUUGAGGACAUAUAAGAAAUAUUUGAAUUUCUUGAAGAUGGACCAGGAUAAGAUAGUUGAGCAUGAGGAUGAUCAAGAGGAAAAGGUUGAGGAGGUUGCACAACAUAUAUUCCAACAACUCCACCAACAACAUCAACAUCAAAAUAUCCCACCACAUCCACAAACAUUGAUCAAUGUUUCUAAAGUGUUACCAAAGUUGGUUGUUGCCAAGAAUGAAUGA